UCCGGGGCGCCGGAACAGAGGCAGGCCGGGGUGGCCGCGAGCCGGGAGGAUGGUGGUGACCAGGUCCGGGAGGCCUCAGGCCACGGUCCAAGCCACGUUGGCUGAAAACUCCCAACAGAAGAAUUCUGCUAAAAGAAUUCAUGCACAUCCAAAAAGCAGAAAGGAAUGUCUACCUGUUGACCCAACUACUACUGAAUCACAAACCACUAGGAAACAAAGUCCAGUCUCUAGAACUCCUAAAACCAGAGAGAGAAAGAGUGGAACUACAGUCUCAUUAUCUGAAAUGAACAAACUAUCUGUUGAUGGAGAGACCUCUGAAGCAGAGUCCAAUUGUUCUUCUGUGUAUGAGUGCCAGGAUUCCAUUUUAAGAGUAACUAGGAGGCGACAGAUCUUAGUUCCAUGUACCCCAGUGUCCAGUGUUCGAAAAAGGCUUAAAAUAACUCCAGUAAAUCAGUCUCAUAUUGAAGAAGAUGAUGGUGACUCUGAAGCUGAAUCACAUGUUUCAGGUAUUUCUAGAAUUGUGCCACCUGCAAUAACUACAAAUACCAGACGAAGUAAGGCUAAAUCUGUAAGAGACCCAAGCCAAGAAUUAUAUGAAGAAGCUAAUUCUGAUGCUGAGGCAUCAUACUCAGACAUUUCUUCAUUUUCUGGAGUUGCAACUAUGAGAACGAGAAGUAUGCAGAAGAAAUUACACACACAAACUGAGGAGAAAGAUACUGAUAUUGCACCAGAAAAUGAAAAGCAAAUCAUAAAUACACCUUUGAAUUCAGAGGAUUCAGAUACCAGACAAACACCUUGUUUACCAGUGAGAUCUCUUUCUCAGAUAAAUAAGCCAAAUUUCUGUAAAAAUGAAAUGUGUAAAGACUUCAAUGAUGAUUCCUUCCGCAGAAAUUCAGAAAAAAAACGAACAGUGCAAAAACGCCAAUCUCUCUUUAAUUUAAGAGAGAAGGAAAAGGCCAAUGUUGCACCUCUCAAAGAAAUUACAAAGCAGAAUUGUAAGAAUUUAGAUGAAGAAGCCAAGGGAAUAGUAGAUGAGGAAAAAGAAGUAAGUAAGAAAAAUUAUCAGUUGGAGAGCCUUUCUGAACCUCAGGACACUGGGAUUCAGCUGUUAGUUUCUCAAAGGCAUUCAACCCCCCGAAAUAAUAGGACCACCUCAGAGUCCUCAAAUCUGAACUGUGAGGCUAUAAUAAAAUCAUUAACUCAAACAUUUGCAGUGGUAGAAGUGGACAGAUGGAAUGAAGAGAGAAAGAGCACCAUAAAAACAAGUGACUUGACAGAAUUUGGUGAUGGUGGUAGUGAUGAAGACGAGUGCACCGUUACAGGUAUCAGCGAAGAUAGGAAUGAAGGAAGGGACGUAGAUUCUGAGUGUGCAAACAGACUAUUGAAGUCUGAGCUCCACACAUCGCUGGACAAAGAUGAUUCUGUUCUAUUAGUUCUCAGCAGUGACGAAAGCCAGCAGUCUGAAAAUAGUGAGAAUGAAGAGGACACUGUGUGUUUUGUCGAAAAUAAUGGUCAAAAAGAGUCUUUACUUGGAGAAUCAGAAAAUAUGUCAUGUGACCAUGCAUUGUUUGUAAUUGACAAAACUCCUGGAUUAAGUACUGAUAAACAUUUUUACUUGGAUGAGGGAGACAAGGCAAGUGAAGUUGCCACUGAGGAAAAAAAAGAGGAGGAAGAGGAUGAAAAAAGUGAAGAACCAUCAGACCAUGACACAGACAAAGAUAGUGAGUUUAGUGAUGAAGAUGACUUACUAAAUAGCACAAAGUCUAAACUUCUGAAGUUGACAAGCAGCAGCAUAGACCCUGGUAUGAGUAUCAAGCAGUUGGGUGGCUUGUAUAUUAAUUUCAAUGCGGACAAACUACAGUCGAAGAAGAGAACCCUGACACAGAUCAAGGAGAAAAAGAAAAAUGAGCUUUUGCAGAAAGCCAUUAUUACUCCUGAUUUUGAAAAAAACUACUGUGUCCCACCAUACAGUGAAUCAAAACAUCAACUUCAGAAAAAACGCAGAAAAGAACGACAGAAAACAGCAGGUGAUGGCUGGUUUGGUAUGAAAGCUCCAGAAUUGACAGAUGAGUUAAAAAAUGAUCUCAAAGCACUGAAGAUGAGAGCUAGCAUGGACCCAAAAAGAUUUUAUAAGAAAAAUGAUAGGGAUGGCUUCCCCAAGUACUUCCAGAUUGGAACCAUUGUUGACAAUCCAGCUGACUUCUACCAUUCACGAAUUCCCAAAAAACAAAGGAAGAGAACUAUUGUGGAAGAAUUGCUGGCUGAUUCUGAGUUCAGAAGAUAUAACCGAAGGAAGUACUCAGAGAUCAUGGCUGAAAAAGCAGCGAAUGCAGCAGGAAAGAAGUUUCGAAAGAAGAAGAAAUUUCGCAAUUAAGAUUCAGCAAUCAAGCCACAGUAUUUUAUAUCUCCCUUUAUUUACUCAAGAUGUUUUGAAAAUUAACAAAAUCACACAAAUUAAUAUAGACUGGCCCUGUUUGAAAAAAAGUUGACGUGAGGGAGAAUCGACACAUAUCCUUUGGGAUAAAAACAGGUGUGUCUACGAAAGACCCACCCAUGCUUAGACCUUUUGAGGAAGAAAAAGGAAAACCUCGACCAUUUUUGUAAAGUUUCAACACUUGGUUAUUUAAAGAAAAUUGAAUUAAAAACAUUUAGAAAGUAUAGUUUGUUAACAUACACAGAAUGCUUUAGAAUUACAUGAUCAAAACUAAACAAUACUGUAGCACAUGCA